AUGUCAGGCGCUCAUCAAAAUGGGGAGUCAGAAAGGGGAGAGACUGGGACGAAGCAUAAUUCCGUGCACAAGAACGGGUGGCAGCUAGUCGAAGAUGAAAGGGUCUACACCAAACGGACCGCAGAUCGUGGCAACGGUCUAUUCGCCGUCGACGACAUCGCAGCAGAAUCGCAGCUGUUAUUUGUCGCCCGGCCGCUCCUGGUGGCGUUGGAAAAUGCGAAACUUCCAACCAACUGUUACUACUGUUUCCGUGAACCCGGAGGCCAAGGAUUAUGGCAGAUGACAGAGCGCAAGGAGGACAGCCUCAAGACAUGCAGUCGCUGCAAGGUGGCGAAGUUCUGUGACCAGAAAUGCCAGACUGAGGCAUGGUCGCAAUAUCAUCGUCUGGAAUGCAAGCUGUUUUCAAGGCUUUACCCUCGCGUCCUGCCUAGUACUGUGCGGGCUGUGAUCCGUUUGUUGAAACAGCACAAGGCGGGCAUCUUGCCCCCUGGGGAGUGGGAACAGUUGCUGGCUUUGCAAAGUCACCAGCAGGAUCUGGCAAAUGCGGGAGGACAGCGCUGGCAGGACCUCCUGAUAAUGUCGCAAGGAAUCAAAGGCUAUUCUGGGACUGAUGAAGAUGAUGACCUGAUUCUUCGUCUGUCAUGCGCGGUGAUCGUCAACUCGUUCACGCUGAGCAAUGCCACGUUCGAUUCGAUUGGAGUGAUUCUUCACCCCAAGCCGGCUUUGCUAAACCACUCAUGCGACCCGAAUGCUUAUGUGCGCUUUGAUGUCUCGGAGACAGACACAUUGGGCAGUAUAUCGGUUCACGCCUUGAGAGAUAUUGCGAAGGACGAGGAGAUUACGAUUUCCUACAUAGACACCACUGUACCCUGCAAAAGGAGACAACAGCAACUCUCGGAGCGAUACUUCUUCACCUGCCAGUGUCACUUAUGCGCAAAUCCUGAUGACACUCCUCAAGACGGCUAUUACUGGCCUGCCCUGGGCACGUCUGCAUCAUCGGCUUCGCCGUCUAUCUCCAUCCUUCGACAGAAAGGGGACGAAGCCGAGACAAUCCUCCACCGUGUGCGAGAACACCCAGGACGCGAAUACGAGUACUUGGGCGAGAUCAGAGCGGCUAUGAAGCAAUUGGCCCAGACGGCCGCGUGGCCGCUUCAUCGCUAUCCGUGGCUGCCACUGCGCCAACGUCUACAGUAUGGUCUGCUUGGCGCGGGUAGAUUUCCAGAAGCUAUGUUGCAAGCGGCUGUGUUUGUUGGAUUCAUCAAUCCGAUCCACUUCAAGCAAGAGUAUCAUCCUCUUCGGCUAACGGGAAUGUGGACGUUUUGGAUCAUCGCUCGGCAUUGUCUGGAAGAAAGCAUGUCCCAGGACAAGCCAAGCAAUCAAGAAGGCCGCGACAUACGAGCUUUGGGGCUUUUGACUUGUGUCGUAAUCGACCAUAUCCAUCAGAUUGCGGAGGGUAUGCCUCGGCCCAGAGGUCAAUUAGAACGCAUUAUAGAUCAAGCCUUCCAAGAGGUGCAGCAGGAAGGGGGCUUUUGGGCAGAAUACUGGUCCAACCGGCCAGCUGGGCGCAAGGCUGCGUGGUCCUGGCUUGAUGAUCAGAUCAGAGCCUUGCUCAAGGCUGAGGGCGUCUCACAGGAGAUUAUCAGCUCUCUGUGA